AUGGCGGCAGGGGCGAACAUAAAGGAGACGAUGAAUGCGCUGGCUCAACGAGAGCUGGCCUGUCUAAAACCAUUUCAAAGCUUUCCCCGAAAUUGCCAACAGGGAAUUUUCAAUGGACCUGACGGCUACCAUCCAACGAAGGAGGCAAAACUGGCCGUUCUACGGGACUUCCUCGAAGUCUACCAACAUAUCUUACCACACGAGGACUCACUCAAUGCUGGUAUUAUCUGGCACAAUGAUCUCCAUACCGACAACAUCUUCGUCGACAAGAAUGACCCCACCAAAAUCACUAGCAUUAUUGACUGGCAAGCUAUCCCCAUUUAUCCCAUGUUUCUUGUGACUCACCACCCGUCUCUCAUCGACUAUGACGGACCAAAACCAGAGCGAUUUGUGCAACCAGAACUCCCUGAAAAUAUCGGAACCAUGAAUGCUGAAGACAAGAAAGCUGCAAAAGAGUUGUUUCUGGCCCAGACACUCUGGCUUUUGUACGAGACCCAGGUUUACAAAGAAGCCCGUGAUUUGACCCGCGCAUUCCAAUAUCGAGAGACGCUACAAGCUGAGAUCUUUGGUCUGAUCGGGUCAAUCUUUGAUGACGGAGAAGCGCACGUGCAACAGCUUCUUGCUGCUACCACAGAGCCCAAGGUGUGGAAAAAGCUAGUUGGGGAAGAUGGUGAUGGAAAUCCAAUCGUUCCCUGUCCGAUACAAUAUAGCCCCCGUGAGCUAGAGAGACAGAACGAGGAAUACACGAAAUGGCAACGGGAUGUGGAGAGGAAAGCAAAGGUGCUUGAGGAAAUUGGAGUCUACCGCGGCUGGAACGGAGCCGUUUCGCCGGGCGACUAUGAUGAAGUUGUGAGGCGCCUGGAUCGUGCCAAGAAGAGGUUUUUACAUCGCGAAUCAAGAAACCCCGAACAACGAGCCUUAUGGGAGAAAGCGUGGCCCUUUUGA